CGAGAUCCUUUGUUGAGUUUAGUUUGGUUUCCUCAGGCUACGCUUUCGCGUCUCCGACCUCGUGUUACUCAUACACAAUAAAGACAUUUCGUCUUCUCGGUUUUUUAACGUAGUAUUUGUACGAGAUUCAACGAAAACAUGUCAAGCUACACUAGUAGAACAGUUUUAAAGUAUUCCCGCCGCAAAAAGGUGGGGGGAAAAACUUAAGAGUGUGAGAAGCUGCAUUCUUUUGUUCAACCGAGAUUUGCAACAGGUCCUCCCUCCCCCUUCUACAGAGUCUCACUUCCAAGUCAGCAGAGCCAUUUUCCCAUAAACGCGUCAAAGACCAGGAAAAAUGAUUUUACUUACUUAUAGUAUGCUGGUCACUUCUGGCAGUGAGACAGAAGAUGAGGAUAACACUGAUGUCCCUCUGGAUCUGUCUUCGAGUCGCGGAUCUGCAGCCAAAAGAAAAAGGAGAGGCAACCUGCCUAAAGAAUCUGUACAGAUUCUCAGAGAUUGGCUUUACGAACACCGAUAUAAUGCCUACCCUUCAGAACAGGAAAAAGCACUGCUAUCAAAACAGACUCAUCUUUCCACACUUCAGGUCUGUAACUGGUUCAUUAAUGCUCGUCGAAGGCUCUUGCCAGAGAUGCUACGGAAGGAUGGUAAAGACCCAAACCAAUUUACCAUUUCACGCCGUGCCAGCAAGGGGCCCGAGGGCAUGAGUGACAGCUCACACUCACCCAAAAAUGACAGCUAUGAGUCUUGCUCACCUGCCUGCCCAGACAGCAUGACUAUCUCCACCAGUUACCCGAGAAAAACAGCAUCACCCACAAUGCCACCUUCACCCACUCUGGCCCGUCCCUCUGUCAUUUGCCACACCACCAUCACAGCUGCAAGCACAAAGAUCGAAGGGACCACGGAGUUGGCAGUCUUCAGCUGCCCAUCAGGCACAGGACUGGGCACAGAAUUCAACACACCACCACCUACACCCCCUGACCUCACAGCACAGGACUUCAGCGGCUUCCAGCUGCUUGUGGACGUGGCAUUGAAGAGAGCUGCCGAGAUGGAGCUGCAAGCUAAACGAGUGCUCGCUUAAAUACUGGAAAUGGAUGGAUAGGUGGAGCAUUGAUAUGUUUCAUAAACUUUCAUUCCUGGCCCCUAACCCCUUUUAAGUGUACUUUGCAGGGAGAUUAGGGAUGUGACUUUGUUGGGGAUGUAACGUGUUGAUGAAUUGUAAAGUCCUAAUCAUUUCUAUUUUUGCUAAAUGUAAAUCCAAUUGGUGCGGAUUUGUUAGUACAGUACACAUUUUAAGGUGCCUUGGCAGUCCACAUCUUUUUGUAUUUCAUUUGUGUAUAUAAAUAUAUGUAUAUCUUUCUUUUUUGCACACAGGUGACCAAAAAUGCAUAGACAAAGAUUUUGUACAUUUUGAGAAGAGAGACUUGCAUCUUCUCAGUUCCAUUUUUCCAUUGCAGUUUUGCAGAGGUUUGGUUCUGUGAUUUUUUUUUUUUUCCCCCCCACUCUGCCUCAUUUUUGAGAACAGUUGUGCAGUUUAUUCUGCCUAAUAUUUUUGCACAAUAUGGCAGGUCAUCUUUCUUCCUCCCUGUUUCUGUAUUGUACUGUAAUCACUACUGUUCCAGGUCAUACAUACAUACAUGUACUUAAGUUUUUUUAUUUUGUUUCAUAGUGUAAAGAAAAAACUUCUUUUUGGAAUGAUGUGUUUAGUUUGUUCAUUUUCAUUUUCUUUUGAGGCAUAUUCAGAUGUAGCACAACUUUAUUCUGGGAUUCUCUCAGAACACUCAGUGUAAAAACGGCCAGUGAAUGUGCCCCUCCUCCCAACAUAAACACACACAUACACCUAAAAGACUGCCUGCUUCACGCUGUCCCCAAAAGCCCCAACCCGUACCCUCUCCACACAUCUUACACCCUAGUGAGCUUGAGGAAUGAACACUACAUAAUUUACGUGUAUGGAAUGUGCCUUUAUUUUUUAUUGUGUUAAGACAUCACUAUCCACAGAUAGAAGGAAAAUGUUUUUACAUCACCAAAACAGAGGAAGACAGAAUUAAUUCCAGAUGGUUUUGGGACCUUUGUGUUCAUGCAUCGUAGUCAUGUGACAUGGUGCCUAACAGAUGUGAGUCCUCUUUUAUAUUGUGCAAUGGUUGUGGCAAAUAGGGGUCACAUGUUUAAAUAAAGUUUUGUUUUCUACAAAAUGA